UUACUUCAUAUAUGACCCAAUCAAAUCAUAUGUUUUUCCUUUAAGCAAAACAAAACAAGGCAGACAUUGAGAUAGAAUUGUAAAAUUCUGACGCAGUUGUAAAUUUUGACAAUUUUUAACGAUAUUUCCUAAAUCAUGGCGUACAUGGAUCUAGGCUAAGAGUAGUUAUGAUAUCGAAGAACUUAAUUACGGGAUCUUCUUGGCUGCCUGUUCGGUCAGCAUUAUUCUCUGACAGUACCUCGAAAUGUUCUUGCCCUAUUCAAUAUUUGUUUCACGAUACCCUUAAUGCGACACGACAAUUCUUUCGCGGUUUAUUUAAAAACAAUUCCUUGUCCUCUGGUGUUUACCGUAAACAGCAUCGACUCCCCGUAGAAUAUUUUAAAGAUAAUGUGCAACCAUCAUCUGCUACCAAGUUCAAAUUUGGCUCUUACAAAUCUGGCAGUAUUUAUCGAGUAACUUCAAGAUGGUGUACCAACUCCUUGACGAAUUCAUGGAGAGAAGACUUAUUUCGAAAGUUCUAUCGAGGAGGAAGGGGGCCUAUGCUCUGCUUCGUAGGAUUUGCUUUGGCCAAGAAACCAUCUCUAUUAACUGAAGAGGAAGAGCUUGAAGGAGUGUCAUUUUUAAUCAGAGAGUCAUUCUCCUCACUUCCAUUUCACGGACAAGGAUUAAAUAUUGACAAAGGUAAAGUGUUGUCCAAUAUUACUCUAGCUGACUUAAAAAUUGGAGAAUUGAUUGCAAAAGGCUGCAAUGCUGCAAUUUAUAGUGCUUGUGUCUCCGAUCAGAUUAAAAGUAGUUCUGAGUUGAAGGAAUUGGGAAAGGAUGUCUCAUAUUUCAAUAUUUCUUCUGAAAAAUCCAAUGACAUGAAAAAAGAUAAUCCUGAAUUGACAGAAUGUGGAAAAAAUAUCGGUCCCUUACUUGUUUCAUCCAAUUAUGUGCCUCGUUGUCAAGUGCAGCAAGGCAUGAAAAAAGAUGAAGAUAAUCUCGAGUUAACAGAAUAUGGAAAAAAUAUUCCUCCUUUGCCUGCUUCAUCCAAUUAUAUGCCUCAUUUUCAAGUGCAACAAGGUAUAUUUGAUGAAAACAUUGAAACGAAAGAAAUGGGAAAGAAUCCUGAAAAUUCUGUUCAGAAUCAGUUUUUCAUGCCACAUUUUGAAGGACACCAAAAUCAAAAUGAUGGUGUCCAAAAAAAUGUAACUUCUGAAAUUGAAACUUUUGGCAAGUACAAUAUGGCUGUAAAAGUUAUGUUUAAUUACAGUGCAGAAUCCAAUGCCUAUGCUAUUUGGAACGCUAUGUAUAGAGAAACUUUACCACUGUUUGGAGAAUUUUCUUUUGGGGAUGCAUGGGAGACUAAAGUGAGAAAAAAGAAACUGAAGCCUCAUCCUAAUAUUGUAAAAAUGUAUUCUGCGUUUGCUGACCAAUUCCCUUUACUCCCUGGAGCUACGAAAAGUUUUCCCCAAGCUUUGCCCUCACGUCUUUUGAAUGAUGGCUGCGGAAGAAAUAUGACGCUUUUCCUUGUAAUGAAAAGAUAUCAUUGUUGCUUGAAAGACUAUCUCCGAUCUCAAAACAUCAGGCCAGAGACAUCUCUCCUAUUGUUUACUCAGUUAUUAGAAGCUCUAGUUCACCUGUUUCAAAAUGGUAUCACCCAUAGGGAUUUGAAAUCUGAUAAUAUCUUGCUUGAUCUCUCUUUAGGAAUUGCAUCCCCCAGGUUGGCAAUUGCAGAUUUCGGUUGUUGCUUGGAAAAUCUCUCUUUGCCUUAUACAUCCUAUGACAUCAACAAGGGUGGGAAUAUAUCCCUAAUGGCUCCUGAAGUUGUAAAAUGCGAACCUGGACCAUUUUCAGUUAUCGAUUACUCAAGAGCUGACUUGUGGGCUGCUGGAACUAUAGCUUAUGAAAUUUUUGGUGGUAACAAUCCAUUCUAUUCUCAUUCAAGUGUGAAAAACAGUACUUAUAAAGAAGAAGAUUUGCCACCUUUUCCAAAAAAUGCUCCUCCUGCUGUUAAAAGUUUAGUCGUGAAAAUGCUUUCGGUCAAUCCUUCUCAGAGACCAAGCCCAAAUUUUGCUGCAACAGUUUGUCAGUUAUUGCUCCAUGCACCACCAAGUUUGCUGUUUGGUACAUUUGAUGGAGCAGCAUACAAAAGAGCUCUGAAAUGGAUGUUUCAGCUGUCUGCUAAGACAUACUUAGAAGCUUCCGUCUUACAGCCAGAAGAUAUGAGUGUGAAGUUAGAAUUAAGAAGCACACUUUGUUCUCGCAUUCAGUACUUAGAAGUUAUUGAAGCUUUACAAUUUAUUUUGAAGUCUUAAUCAACCUCAACUAAAAGUUAUUGUAGUGUGGUUGCUGAGGUUUUAUUUUAGUUUUGUUAUUAGAAUUAGUUUGAUUUAUUUUAGUUUUAUUUAAAACCAUGAUGGAUUAUUUGCUUCAGCUUUAUUAGGAUAAAGUUUGAAAAAAAUAUUUAGUUUUCAGAUUGUAAAAUAUAUUUAUAUUGAAAUGAAAGGAUAUUUUUCAAUAUGUUGUAUAUUGCAUUCAAUGUAUAGAUUGCUAUUGUUAAUAAAAAUAAUCUAACUGUA